UGUCAGUCGCUCUAUAUGAGACGACUCCAUACAGCUCCUACAGAGAGGUUUAUUAAACCUAUCCACACUUGCUAAUUUUUGAUGUUGGAAAUAUGCUGAAAUUUAUCAACUCUUCAUCUCGACUCGCUUCUUAUUUCACUGACGUCCCUAAAGUAUUGUCACGGUCUAUUCAUCUUACAAGAGAAAUGAGUGGAAAUCGUGUGGCUGUGGUCUUGGCGGGAUCAGGAGUAUAUGACGGCAGUGAAGUUCAUGAGGCUUCAGCAGUAUGGGUACACCUGAGUCGGGGUGGAGCUGAUGUUUCAUUCUUUGCUCCUGAUAUUCCUCAGAUGCAUGUGAUUAACCACACCAAGGGGGAGCCAAGUGAGAAUGAAACAAGGAAUGUACUGGUAGAGUCUGCACGUAUUGCAAGGGGGAAGAUCACAGCUCUUUCUGGGCUCAGCAGUGGAAACUUCGAUGCCGUAGUCUUCCCGGGUGGAUUCGGUGCCGCAAAAAACCUGAGUGAUUUUGCGGUGAAUGGAGCAGGCUGUACGGUAAACCCAGACGUAGAGCGGGUCAUCAAGGAGUUCCACCAGGCCAAGAAACCAAUCGGCCUCUGCUGCAUUUCACCUGUCCUUGCUGCCAAGGUCAUUCCAGGCUGCAGCGUAACGGUUGGCCACGAUUCCGAGGAAGGAGGGAGGUGGCCAUACGCUGGAACAGCUAAAGCAAUCCAAGAGAUGGGGUCCAAGCAUGUCAACAAAGAUAUCAAUGAAGCCCAUGUUGAUGAGGAGAACAAGAUAGUGACCGCUCCAGCAUUCAUGUGUGAAACCAAGGUUCAUGAGAUCUUUGACAGCGUCGGAAGUAUGGUCAACGGAGUCCUGAAACUUUGCUGAAAGGAAAUGAUAUCUCCGUAAAAUAACAUCAUUGUGUGUAACUUGAUCCCCUCUUGUGUUUUUUACACUGAUCAUUGAUUCAAUUGGGAAUAAUUUUUAUAGUAUGUCAUUGCAGCCUGUCUUUGUAUGACCUUUCAACCAUGAUAAUUCUUCAGCUUACUGCAGCUUUUCAAUUUGUAUGCUACCAGUAAUCAACAUGGCCUUUUGAUAUGUGAUAGUAAAACAACUCACAAUGUCAAGUUAAAAAAAAAUCCUGUGUUGGUGAACUUACACGUUAUGUUAAAAUGAUCCAACGACAGUGUACUUUCUUGAUAACUUAUUACCUACAAUAUAAACGGUUCUUACUGAGGAAAAUGCCUAUCAGCAUUUCUACAGUAUUGUAGUAACUCUAUCAUUACUUUGAUUUUCAGAACAUUAGCUCUAAAUACAGGGUGUAUUUUAAUAUGUUUCCAGAAAAUGUUAAAUCUAUGGAGCUGAAAGUUUGCCUCCAAGAGCUUCUAUUGAACAUGUCUCCAUGCAGGAUUUUAUUUUGUAUGUCUCCAUUAGACUUCAAGCAGGGUCUUUAUAUCUUUUACUCUGGUUUUUGAGAAGAUGGUCAAGCUGUAAUAAUUAAUAUAUACACUUAUUAAAUG